GGUAAGUCGCGGCGCGGGACAGGUUGGAGGCGAAGACCCGGUGUGGCAGCGGGCCUGGCCCCAAAAGGUGCUUUCCUGUCGGGGGCUGGGGAGCCAUCUCCUCCGGACGCCGCUCGGGUGGCCCGCGCCGGGUCGGACCUCCAGUUGAAAGGCCGCGGGGCUACGGUCAUCGCGAGGAAAAACGUUGGCAAAGGAGUUGCGGCCGCUGGUUUCCUUGCUGAGGACAGCUCAGGAUACACAGUCCAAGGAUGAACGCUCACCGUAGCACUGAGAGCGACAGGUCAUUGCGGCAGGAGGCCAGCUGCCUCAUGGAUGAAGCCUCAGCUGUGGCCCCGGAAAAAGAAGCAAAUAUCCUGGCUUCUUCUGGUCUUCAGACUCUUGCUUAUCCUCUAGGUCCCAGGAAUGAUGACCUUUCGCUUGACUAUGCCUCUCAGCCAGCAAAUCUUCAGUUCCCUCACAUGAUGCCGCUUCCUGAAGACAUCAAAGGCUCUUGCUUCCAAAGUGGGAAUAAACGGAACCACGAUCCCUUCAUUGCUCCAGAGCGAUUUGGAAAUAGCACUGUGGGCUUUGGCAGUAACAUUCAUUCCCAGGCGCCAGAGAAAGUGACACUGCUUGUAGAUGGCACACGUUUUGUUGUGAAUCCACAAAUUUUCACUGCUCAUCCGGAUACCAUGUUGGGAAGGAUGUUUGGACCAGGAAGAGAGUACAACUUCACACGGCCCAAUGAGAAGGGUGAAUAUGAGAUUGCAGAAGGAAUCAGUGCAACUGUAUUUCGAACGGUGCUGGACUACUACAAAACUGGUAUCAUCAAUUGUCCUGAUGGAAUCUCAAUCCCAGACCUUAGAGACACGUGCGAUUAUCUCUGCAUUAACUUUGACUUCAACACUAUCCGAUGUCAGGAUCUGAGUGCUUUGCUGCAUGAACUGUCUAACGAUGGUGCUCACAAGCAGUUUGACCACUACCUCGAAGAGCUGAUCCUGCCCAUCAUGGUGGGCUGUGCCAAGAAAGGGGAGCGGGAGUGCCACAUCGUCGUGCUGACAGAUGAGGAUUCUGUGGACUGGGAUGAAGACCACCCCCCACCCAUGGGGGAGGAAUAUUCCCAAAUUCUUUAUAGCUCUAAACUGUACAGGUUUUUCAAAUAUAUUGAGAAUCGGGAUGUUGCUAAAACAGUGUUAAAGGAACGGGGCCUGAAAAACAUUCGCAUUGGAAUUGAAGGUUAUCCUACCUGUAAAGAAAAAAUUAAGAGGAGACCUGGCGGCCGGUCUGAAGUCAUCUAUAAUUAUGUACAGCGCCCCUUUAUCCAGAUGUCAUGGGAAAAGGAAGAAGGAAAAAGUCGCCAUGUGGAUUUCCAGUGUGUUCGAAGCAAAUCCCUCACGAAUCUGGUAGCUGCUGGAGAAGAUGUCUUGGAGGACCAAGAGAUACUAAUGCAUCACCCGCCCCAAGUAGAUGAACUUGACCGGCUGAACGCCCCACUUUCUCAGAUGGUUUCUAACGACUUUCAGGAUUAGAGUCAGCUGUGUGUCCAGCCUGUUGCCAGGCUUCUCUUGGCUGGGAUGCCCUCAGCCAAGUCUUUCCCAUGGUUUGUCUCACACUGAGUAGGAGACAAGCUUCUCCCCCAUCCUGUCCUUUCCUCCCAUAAUUAAUGUGUGUUGUUUUCAGUUAGUCUGUGCCUCCGGCAGGGGAUGGAAAAGCACUCACUGGUAAUUAAGCUACCAGCUUUGCAGCAGCCCUGGUAACUUGAACAUUUUGGGUCUGGUGCUGUUCACUGAGUCUUUGCAUAACUGCAAAAGCAGGAAAGGAAGUCAAGACUUCCGUUGCCUCAUAUUCAGUCCUCAUCCUUUUCACUGUUACUGGUUUUUGUUUUAUUUCAUACCAGGGCAAAUUACUUAGCAGCAAAGGGACCAAACUUAAAAGGAGACAAUCUCUAUUUUGUAUAAGCACGCACUAAUGGAUGCCCAUUAGAGGUUAAUGAAGAUACCAUUCCUGGUGGCCUCUGUGCGGAGGUUGUGUCUGGAAAGAACUUGGCUCUCAUUCAAAAUGUCCAAAAGGGAGUUCCCGUUGUGGCUCAAUGGUAAGGAACCUGACUAGUAUCCAUGAGGAUGCAGGUUCAAUCCCUGGCUCUUCUCAGUGGGUUAAGGAUCUGGCACUGCCUCGAGCUGUGGUGUAGGUCGUAGUUUCAGCUUGGUUCCUAUGUUGCUGUGGCUGCAGCUCCAAUUCAUCCCCUAGCCUGGGAACCUCCGUAUGGAGUGGGCAUGGCCCUAAAAAGACCAAAAAAAAAAAAAAAGUCCAAAAGUAAAUACUUAAGAACUUAAAGGUUUUAUUUUUCAUUAUUUCAAUGAACAAUCCAAACUGCAUAGAUUCUCUUGAUGGGCAAGAUAAUUCAUAAUGAUGUUUAUGAAGCUGUCUUGGCCUGAAGGUUAUUGAGCCUAAACAAACCACUCAUUUAGAAUGAAAUUCUAACUCAAGCAGAACCUCUCUAGAUCAGGCCACAUUGAUUUUCCUGGCUCACCCUAGGGCAGCACAUUGCUGUGGGUGUGGCUUAAAAGUCUUUCAAGACCCAGAGCAGAUUUCUCGUAAGUGCUGUUUCUCAGCAAAAAGAUUAAAAGGAGUUUGAGGGGGUGUGUGGGGGGGGGGACAUCACUUUUCCAAGCUUUGUCCCAGUGCAGGAGUUUCCAUUUUGUAUUCUUUAAAUCUUUGAGUAGCCCAUCUGCUGGGCUGGGUGAGAAAACCAUGCUGAUAUCAUCCCCAAAAGAAGAACGAGCUGCGGGAAGGUUAGGCCAGGUGAUGCUGACUGAUUUGUCAGCUGGGUAGGCAGUGCAAUGUGUAUGUGCAGCCCCAAUCACACUCCCCACCCCUCCUGGUACCGAACCCCCUUCCCUGAUGUCCCUGUCACUAUCAACAGUGGAGCUAAACUGAGUCCAGAGCCAAAGGGAUCCUGAGAUUUUCUAUCAUUUUAUGGCAGAGGUUGGCCUUCUAGUCACUACCCUGAAUAUUUAUGAAGUUUCCUUCAAGUGCUUUAAGAUAAAAACAGGACUGGUUUUCUCAAAUUCUUCCAUAAGCUAGUCUAGGGCCUGCCCCAGUUAGUCUCCAAAGGCAAAGUCAGAUGGAUGUUGAAAGCCACUCUUCAGGCUUGAAGAGGGUUCCUGAGACGCUUCUCUGUGCAUGGCACCACUGGGAGAUCAGGGCUAAAUUAGUGGUAAAGCGCUAAAGGGUUAAACUGAGCCAUCCCUACCUACAGAGAUAGUCAUCGGCAUCCAGUUGUAAGGCUGAGGGUCAGGGUUGAAGUUUAAAGUCAGCAUCAUGUUGUAGCCAGAGUGUAGUUUUGAGGUCAGAUGUGUCUUUGACCUUACUGGUACUACACUCAUACCCACUGGCCAGCCCAGAGAAUUGUUUAAUGGUGCUUGCUUUCCACUUUUCAGUUGACUUUAUGCCAUCAUAAGGGAAAUUUGAGUUAACUUUUGUGUAGUCUAUGGUCAGUAUGUAUAAUUUUAUAGCUUAUGUACAUUUAAGGGUAAACAGGCCUCAGCUCACACUCUAAAACUAGUCUUUGUGUAGGUGAAUAGCUGGGUAUGAAAGUGUGGUAUGUACUUAACACUUUGUUCUCUGUAAAUGAUUAAUUUCCUCAGGCUGGUCUUUUCUCCCCCAAAUUGGGUUAAUAUGCUUUCAGCCUCAACCCUUGGGGUUUGGGUGAGCUGGCAGUCUGGAGGUAAAUGCGCUGGGAUGGCUGGGUGGUGAUGACAGGGAAAAGCCGGGCUUACACGUUCCUUCUGGGGGAGAGUAGGUUUCCUCCCUACGAACCCUCCCAGCCUGGAGUGCAGCAUCGCUGUAACUGUUCCCAGGGCCAGGACAUUCCGCAGUGGCAGGACCUUGCCGUUUUUACAGGGUCAAGAGCUAGGUUGCAGUCACUCCUUUCAGAGUCAGCUGCUGGGCGAGAGGUGUUUCUAAUUUUAAAAGGUGGAACUCAGGUUUGGUGUUUUUUUUUUUUAAGUGCCUAAAUAAGUAAGCCAGGCUGUUUAUACAGAAACAUUUUCAUAAGAAAAUGGUUUUAUCUAGAUUGUCUUACUCAGAGUUAUCAUUAAGUCAAGAUAAACCUGAAUUUGAAGUUUAGGAUCUGAGUGUGUGUGUCUACGUCUUAUCACAUAGUGCUGAUUAGGAAAGAUGUGCCAUAAAGGAAUUAGGAGAGGGCAGGGGGACAGUGUCAAAAUGUGUCCGGUGAGCUUACUUAAUGGUUUCUUCAAAGUGGAGGAAAGGUAUUAAAAGAAUGAUAGUAAAAAAAGUUAAGGAAGCUGGAAAGUAGCUAGAUUGACUGCAUGACAUGUGAUAGCCAAUAUUAUUUUGAGCUAAAUUCCAAGAGAAAAGUGUGAUACUGAAUGUAUACAGGUCUCUGAAAAAAUACUGUGGACUAAGCCCAGGGAAGAUGGACAGUGUUCCAGCACAUCCUUCUGUAAGUAAAACAAAGCACAGCUUUAAAUUGUCCAAGUGUGACAGGCAGCCUUGUCAAGUAAUAGUCAAUAGAAAGUUAAGAAUCAAGGAGUCUUAGUGACUUAUUCAAUGCCACUUCUUGCCAUCAUUUUAAAAUUGUUCAACUGGGCACAGUUCAGAAAGCAAACCCAACACCUCUGUGGGGAGAGCCCCCCUCGUGCUCCGGGUGGGAUCACCUCUGCAGGAGAGCUUUCCAUUCUCUCUUAAAGGCAGAGUGCUUGUAGGUUUUGCCUCUUUACUUUGUAUUUACUUUUAAAGUUGCACUUGUUCACCUACCAGUGUUUACAAAAUCCUAUAUUUGGGAUGCCUUUUCUAUAAUAAAGUUUUUAUUUGUG